AUGGUUGAGGGCCAUUUCGAGUCUCCUUCAUUCAAAGCCCUACGAAGAAAGGUCUCAUGUUACGAGGAUUGCAAGUCGUUAUCUGAACCCAUGUCGGCGCUGCAUGGUGCCGGUUAA